UUUCGGGCCUUAAGCCCAUUAGUAAAUUCAAGUGCGCAGUUUAAGCAGGCUACGCUCGUGCUCAAAGUAGAAACAGCUCCUAAUCGUUUAAAUGUAUCACAACUUGGCGCGCAUUAGCAAGUUCUGUUUCACUUAUUUUGAAUCGAAUCAAAAUGGAAGAAGACGGAGGAGAGAGAUCGAACAUCGUCAUCGGCCUAAUCGAAAACCGAGCCAAAGAGGUUGGAAUGGCUGCUUUUGACUUGAGGUCAGCAUCGUUGCAUCUAUCUCAGUAUAUAGAAACUAGCAGCUCUUACCAGAAUACAAAAACUCUUUUGCAAUUCUUUGAUCCUAUGAUGGUUAUUGUUCCUCCUAAUAAAUUUGCACCUGAUGGAAUGGUUGGAGUUUCGGAACUUUUAGAUCGAUCCUAUUCUUCAGUCAAGAAGGUUGCGAUGGCGCGUGGUUGCUUUGAUGACACCAAGGGUGCUGUACUAAUUAAAAGUCUAGCUGCCAAGGAACCUUCAGCACUUGGUCUCGAUACUUACUACAAACAAUAUUAUCUUUGUCUGGCUGCUGCUGCAGCUACAAUAAAGUGGAUAGAAGCUGAGAAAGGGGUCAUUGUUACCAACCAUUCAUUGUCGGUUACUUUUAAUGGUUCAUUUGACCACAUGAAUAUCGAUGCAACAAGUGUUCAGAAUUUGGAAAUUAUCGAGCCACUUCAUUCUUCACUUUGGGGCACAACAAACAAAAAAAGAAGUCUAUUCCAUAUGCUCAAGACGACAAAAACCAUAGGAGGAAGCUUUUCAUGUAUCUUCUUGGAGUAUUGGCUGGUUCUCUAUUGUCCUGUAAAUGUUGAGUUGGAUUUCUUCUCCAGGACUAGACUUCUACGGGCCAAUCUACUGCAGCCUUUAAAAGAUAUAGAAACUAUCAAUACUCGUCUUGAUUGCCUGGAUGAACUCAUGAGCGAUGAACAACUGUUCUUUGGCCUCUCGCAGGUUCUGCGGAAGUUUCCAAAAGAGACUGAUAGAGUUCUCUGUCAUUUCUGCUUUAAGCCAAAGAAAGUGACGAAUGAGGUUGUGGGUGCUGAUAAUGCUAGAAAGAGUCAGGUCUUGAUAUCAAGUAUUAUUCUACUUAAAACUGCUUUAGAUGCCUUGCCUUUACUCUCAAAGGUGCUUAAAUCUGCAAAAAGUUUCCUUCUUGAAAAUGUUUACAAGAAUGUAUGUGCAAAUGACAAAUUUGCCUCCAUCAGAAAGAGAAUUGGGGAGGUGAUAGAUGAAGAUGUGCUUCAUGCACGAGUCCCUUUUGUUGCCCGGACGCAACAGUGUUUUGCUGUCAAGGCUGGAAUCGACGGGCUUCUGGAUAUCGCACGGAGAACAUUCUGCGACACCAGUGAAGCUAUACAUAAUCUUGCAAACAAGUAUCGCGAAGAAUUCAAGAUGCCAAAUUUGAAACUUCCAUUUAAUAACAGACAAGGUUUUUACUUUAGCAUUCCACAGAAGGACAUUCACGGAAAGCUUCCAACCAAGUUCAUUCAGGUCUUGAAACAUGGAAACAAUGUACAUUGCUCCACUUUGGAACUUGCUUCUCUGAAUUUCAGAAAUAAGUCUGCAGCUGAAGAGUGCUAUAUAAGAACAGAAGUUUGCCUUGAAGCUCUAUUAGAUGCUAUAAGACAAGAUGUCUCAGUACUCACAUUGCUUGCAGAGGUGUUGUGCCUUCUAGAUAUGAUUGUUAAUUCAUUUGCUCACACAAUUUCAACUAAGCUCGUUGACCGAUAUACUAGGCCAGAAUUCACAAGUAGUGGUCCAUUGGCAAUUGAUGCAGGAAGACACCCAAUCUUGGAAAGCAUACACAAUGAUUUUGUUCCCAACAAUCUCUUUAUUUCAGAAGCAUCAAACAUGGUUAUUAUCAUGGGUCCAAACAUGAGUGGGAAAAGCACGUAUCUUCAGCAAGUUUGUCUUAUUGUCAUUUUGGCUCAGAUUGGUUGUUAUAUUCCUGCCCGCUUUUCUACUAUAAGGAUAGUUGAUCGAAUAUUUACAAGGAUGGGAUCAGGCGACAAUCUCGAGUCAAAUUCCAGCACGUUUAUGACAGAGAUGAAAGAGACGGCUUUCAUAAUGCAGAAUGUUUCCCAAAGAAGCCUGAUUAUCAUGGAUGAGCUGGGGAGAGCUACUUCUUCUUCUGAUGGAUUUGCCAUUGCCUGGAGCUGCUGUGAGCAUUUGCUAUCACUCAAAGCAUAUACCAUAUUUGCUACUCAUAUGGAGAACCUAUCAGAACUAGCUACUAUCUAUCCAAAUGCCAAACUUCUUCACUUAGAUGUCGACGUAAAAAACAAUCGCUUAGACUUCAAGUUUCAACUCAUGGAUGGACCGAGACAUGUACCACAUUACGGACUUCUAUUAGCUGAAGUGGCCGGUCUACCAAGCUCAGUGAUCGAAACGGCUAGAAGCAUCACGUCAAAGAUCAAGGAAAAGGAAAUAGAGCAAAUGGAAGUUAACUGCCAGCAGUAUCAGCAAUUGCGGAUGCUGUAUCAUGCUGCUCAACGACUAAUAUGCUUAAAGUACUCCAGCCAAGAUGAGGAUUCCAUUCGGCAAGCACUGCACAAUCUUAAAGAGAACUACGAGAAUGGAACACUGUAAAGCUUGGAACAUGGCAUUCUACCAGGAGGUAUGCAGAAUCCGAAUCAAAUUAAAUUACCCAACAUAAGACAUUCAGUUCAGUUCAGUUUGACAUCGCUAAAAAAGCUUGAUUGAUAAAGCAUUUACAAUAUAGUUACUAGUUUGUACAAAGUUAUAGCAACGUGAUUGGUAAACAUUUGUGUUAAGCCAAACUCGAUGUAUUGCGUUCAUACAGAUGUAGCUCAUGACUUGAAGGUCUUGACAUGUUCUUACA